CUGUUAUAGGUCGUAGGUUGGCAUCGCAGGCCGAAGAGGAUAGGGGUUGGAGUAAAAAAAUCUGUUUUCCGGAGCCGGAAACCGGAGCGCUGAGCAGGGAAAGGCUUUGAAGUUCCGGCGGGCGAGGGAAGCGAGGUGCUCAGCGCGCUGCCCGCUGGGGCCCAACGCACUGACGCCGCGGCCAGGGGCGCGGUCACCGGCGCCGCCACCACUCGCUCUGUUCACUCCGAGGACCUCGGUUGUGGAUCGCAGGGUCUGACAGGAGACUGAGCAAGGGUGGAGACGUGCUGGUGGAAAGAAGUCGGCUGGCCCUCCCCCGGCUCUCAGGCCGAAAACAAUCCGGAAAAUCUGAACCGGGGGAGAGGGGCGCGGAGCCUCUGUGCUUUGGGGCGCCGCCCCCAGUGCCCCCUCCAACUCGGCUGCUAGGCGUGGACCCGAGACCGCGGACUGCGCAGGCGCGCGGAGGCUCGCAGCCGCCCGCAGAGAGGCGGAGGCUGAGGCAGUGCUAGCGUCUAGGGGCUGUUUGGCGCUGGUUGCACCUGAGCGGAGCCCGCCCCGCGGUGGCAGACCCGGUCAUCCCUGUCGGCCCGUGUACUGUUGUCUAGUGCUCCAGCUGCCUGGGUUGCCAUAGCAACGGCUGAAGUCCCGUCCCUCCCUAUCGGGAGAGGUGCCCCAGGGCACCAGGCCCACCAGAGGAGAGGUUCAGCGCGGAUGCUCUGCCUGACUGUGGUACAGACCUCCAUGACCCGGUCCCAGGUCGCCCUGCUGGGCCUGGGCCUGCUGUUCAUGCUGCUACUGUACGUGGGGCUGCCAGGACCCCCUGAGCAGACCUCCUGGCUCUGGGGAGACCCCAAUGUCACGAUCCUGGCUGGUCUCACCCCUGGCAGCUCCCCCAUUUUUUACCGCGAGGUGCUCCCACUUCACCGGGCCCGCAGGGUGGAUGUGGUGCUGCUCCAUGGAAAGGCCUUUAACUCCCGGACGUGGGAGCAGCUGGGCACACUGCAGCUGCUGGCGCAGAGGGGCUACCGGGCCGUGGCCCUUGACCUCCCAGGUUUUGGGAACUCGGCACCUUCGAAGGAGGCAAGCACAGAGGCAGGGCGGGCACAGCUGUUGGAGCGAGUGCUGCAGGACCUAGAGGUGCAGAAUGUCGUGUUGGUGAGCCCUUCACUGAGUGGCUGCUAUGCCCUGCCCUUCCUGAUGCAAGGCCACCACCAGCUGCAUGGAUUCGUGCCCAUUGCACCUGCCUCCACCCAGAACUACACCCAAGAACAAUUCCAGGCCGUGAAGCUCACCACGGCAGGGCAGCGCCGCGCCAUGGCCAGCAAGCGUCGUGAGGGCGAGCACCCAUCCGUGACGCUCUUCCGUCAGUACCUGCGCAUCCGCACCGUCCAGCCCGAGCCCGACUACGGGGCUGCCGUGGCCUUCCUUGAGGAGAGAGCCUGCCAACUGGGCCUGGGCUGUCAGAAAGUGGAGGUGGCAGCUGGCCGUGUGGUGACUGUGCUGACCUGGCCAGGCACCAACCCCAGACUCUCUUCCCUCUUGCUCAACUCCCACACCGAUGUGGUGCCUGUCUUCAAGGAACAUUGGAGUCAUGACCCCUUUGAAGCCUUCAAGGAUGCUGACGGCUACAUCUAUGGCAGGGGCGCCCAGGACAUGAAGUGUGUCAGCAUCCAGUACCUGGAGGCUGUGAGGAGGCUGAAGGUUGAGGGCCACCAUUUCCCCAGAACCAUCCACAUGACCUUUGUGCCAGAUGAGGAGAUCGGGGGUCACCAAGGCAUGGAGCUGUUUGUGAAGCGGCCCGAGUUCCAGGCCCUGAGGGCUGGCUUCGCCCUGGAUGAGGGCCUGGCCAACCCCACUGACGCCUUCACUGUCUUUUACAGUGAGCGGAGCCCCUGGUGGGUGCAGGUCACAAGCACCGGGAAGCCAGGCCACGGCUCACGAUUCAUUGAGGACACAGCAGCAGAGAAGCUGCACAAGGUUGUGAGCUCCAUCCUGGCUUUUCGGGAGAAGGAGAGGCAGAGGCUGCAGUCAGACCCUCAACUGAAGCAGGGGGCCGUAACCUCCGUGAACCUGACUAAGCUAGAGGGCGGUGUAGCCUAUAAUGUGGUACCUGCCACUAUGAGCGCCAGCUUUGACUUCCGCGUGGCACCAGAUGUGGACCUGAAGGCUUUCGAGGAGCAGCUGCAGGGCUGGUGCCAGGCAGCUGGCGAAGGGGUCACCUUCGAGUUUGCUCAGAAAUGGACAGAGCCCCGAGUGACAUCUACUGAUGAUUCAGACCCCUGGUGGGCAGCUUUUAGUGGGGUCUGCAAGGACAUGAACCUCACCCUGGAGCCAGAGAUCUUCCCCGCUGCCACAGACAGCCGCUAUCUUCGCGCGGUGGGGGUCCCAGCUCUGGGCUUCUCACCCAUGAACCACACACCCGUGCUGCUCCACGACCACGAUGAACGGCUGCAUGAGGCCGUGUUCCUCCACGGGAUCGACAUAUACACUCGGCUGCUACCUGCCCUGGCCAGCGUGCCCACCCUGCCCAGUGAAAGCUGAGCCCUGCGCUCUCCAGCCUCUACCCCUGACCAGUGCCAAGGACCCUUCUUCCCUCUUGCCCAACAAUAAAGUCUGUGUGGACAGGGACCACUUCUGAAGUACUAA